AUGAAAGCAGAAAGAAAUUUUACAGAAAUAAUUUCUAAAGCCCAAAAAAUAGUUAAUAUAAAACCAACACAAAAACAAAAAGAAGGAAAGGAGGAAGAAAAUAAAGAAGAGAAUAAUAAGGAAGAAAUUAAAAAUGAGAAAAAGGAAGGAUCUUUGAUGAAAAUUGUUAGAACAAAAUCAGUUGAUAGUCUCGCUACAAUGGCAAAAGAAAUUAAAAAUAAAACAAAAAAUAAUGCAGAAUUAGAAAUAGAAAAAUUAUUAAAAGCUUGUAAAAAUUUGGAGAAAAAAUGGGAUGAAAUUAAAAAUAUCGGAACUUCUAUAGAUUUAUUUAAUGAAAAAAUAUUUGAUUUGGAAGAUGAAAUAAAAGGGAUUAUUAAUGAAAUUGAAGCUGAUAAAUAUUUUAAAGAAGGAGAAAUAAUUUCUGAGGAAAAGAAAGGGGAAAAACAUUUAAAUAAAGAAGAAUUGAAGGAAAAACAAUUGGAAGAAUUUAAGAAAAAGUUUAAAAAAUUGAAAAUAUUUAAUGAAAAUAAAGUUGAAUUAAAAGAUGAAUAUACUGAAUUGGAAGAGAAAUUUCUAGCUGAUAAAAAUCCAUUAAUUAAUGAAUUGAAACCAAUUCUUAACCAAAUUCGAAAUAAAGCAGCAAUUAUAUAUUUAAUAUAUAAAUUAGAUGAAAUAAAAAAUGUUAAAAAUAACGAAAAAAAUGUUAAAAUAUUUACAAAAGAAUUUUUAGAAAAAAUAGAAAGUAAAGCUUUGGAACAAAUGAAAAUAUUUAAUGGCGGUGAAAAAGAAGAGUUAAAUUUAACAACAAUUGAAUUUAGAUUAUCGACUUUUAAUAUUUUAAUUGGACAUGCAAAAGGAAAAAUAUUUUUCGAAAAUAAAUUGCUUGGAAAUAAUAUUAAAUUCAUGGAGGAUUGGAAAGUUGGAAAUUUAUGGGAUGGAAUGUUUUAA